AUGGCGGUGGCUGCUGUUGGGAACGAUGGCAGCACCAACGACGCCAACAUCGACGGCAUGAUCUACAUGCCAGGAGAGAUAGGGACGUUCAGGCUGGGAACAAAGAAAGCAGACUCAACGCACGGCAUCACGCCACAACGCAAAGUGACGGUGGAUCCGUUUUAUCUUGAUCGGUAUGCUGUGAGCAACGCCGACUUUCGGGCGUUUGUGCGCGACACCAAGUAUGUGACCGACUCGGAAAAGUAUGGCUGGAGCUUUGUUUUCAAGACGUUUGUGGACACGGCGAGCCAGGACCUGGCGGAGACGCAGGCGAUGCCUGGUGCGGACUGGUGGCUGGCGGUGCCACGCGCAUACUGGCGCAAGCCGUUUGGCAAAGGCUCCGGCAUCAAGGACCGGCUGCAGUUCCCUGUGGUGCAGGUGAGCUGGAAUGACGCGCAGCAGUACUGCGACUGGGCCGGCAAGCGGCUGCCGACCGAGGCUGAGUGGGAGUAUGCCGUGCGUGGCGGCCUGCAGGACAGCGCCUAUCCUUGGGGGUCUCGCUACGAGAAGAAUCGUAUGAACGCCUGGCAGGGCAAAUUCCCAGACACGAAUGUGCUUGGGGACGGCUAUCACGGCGCUGCGCCUGUGGACGCCUAUGGCCCUCAGAACGAUUACGGCUUCUACAACAUGCUGGGGAACGUGUGGGAGUGGGUUGCUGAUCGCUUUGAGGAUCCUUCACCCCCAUCUCAGGAGCCCAAGUUUGUGCUGCGUGGUGGCAGCUAUGUGGACACUGUGGAUGGCAAGACAAACCACAAGGUCCGCGUCACAACCAGGAUGGGAAACACUGCUGACUCUGCAUCGGACAACAUUGGCUUCCGCUGUGCCCGCUCCGCCACACCACCAGCAAAACAGGAGCUGUGA